AUGCGAUGGGUGCGGUUUUGGAGGAUGUUGAACAAUGUGAGGCACCAAUUAGAUACUGUAAAGAGUGAUCAAAAGACAACAUACACGAAUCUCCUCCACAAUCUCAUCAAGUUACUGAACAAGCCUCCACAUAGCUUCACGGAAACUGACCUAAGCAACGCGCAUAGCGAAUUGAUCGAUCUUACAGAAGCAGGCUUCGAGUUAGACUGGUUGAAGACAAAGCUUGCUGAUAUUUCCUUGGAGAGUAAGAAAUCUAAUUCUGAUGGCUCUCGAGUCCAAGAACUCGAGAAACACAUCAAGAAUCUCAAAGUUGAACUGGAAAAAGAGAUAACCGAGUCGGCUGCUAAAGUUUUAUCAUUGGAGCAGAGAGUGUCGAAUCUCGAAAAUGAGUUAAACAAGAAGAAAGCCAAAUCUGCUUCUCCUAAAGCUUUUUCAUUCAAGGAUGUUGUUUGCCUUUGGGAUAGUGAUACUAAAGAGAAGGAACUUCCACGCCCGUAUCAACUGAUACGUCUCGAAAGAUACUUCUCUGAGAACAUCAGACUCCAUGAUAUUGUGAAGUUCCUCAGAACGCUCCUCUUGACCCCAACACCGAGUAAGCUGUAA